CGCCGAGCCCCACUGAUCGACAGCAAUGGCAUUUACCGAACGAGUCAACAGCAGCAGCAACAGCUUGUACAAUGAAGAUAGAAACCUGCUUCGAAUUAGAGAAAAAGAAAGACGCAACCAGGAGGCUCACCAAGAGAAGGAGACCUUCCCUGAGAAGAUUCCCCUUUUUGGAGAGCCCUACAAGACAGAAAAAGGCGAUGAGCUGUCCAGUCGGAUACAGAACAUGCUGGGAAAUUAUGAAGAAGUAAAGGAGUUUCUUAGUACCAGUUCCCACCCACAUCGCUUUGAUGCUUCUGAAAACAGGCUGGGAAAGCCCAGGUAUCCUCUACUUCCUGACAAGGGGAGCAGCGUUCCACCCCACUCCUUCCACAUGAGCGUUCACCACCAGCCCAUUAGCACUCCUGCCUCUGGACCACUUCCUGUUGGUAACAUGAGCCACAAUCCAAAGACGGCACAGCCCAGAGUGGAACCAAGUCUCCGCGCCAAAAGCUAUGGCCCACCAGAUGGCCAGCAUCUGACCCAAGAUCGCCUUGGUCAGGAGCGGUAUGGCCCUAGUCAUCACAAAAAAGGUGAUCACAGAGCUGAUGGCAACCGUUGUUCUUCGAUGGCAGGCUCAGUUCCAGAGAGGGAACUUUCUCCCUUACUCUCUUUGCCUUCCCCGGUGCCCCCUUUGUCACCGAUACAUUCCAACCAGCAAACUCUUCCCCGGACGCAAGGAAGCACCAAGGUUCACAGCAGCAACAAUAACAAUAAAGGCUGUUGCCCAGCCAUAUCUCCUAAGGACCUAGCCGUGAAGGCGCAUGAUAAAGAGACCUCUCCAGACAGUGUGUUGGCACUUGCCAGCAUUGGGGUGGCCCCUCCCCAGGCAUCCUCUCAGACAUUUCCCCCACCUUCUCUCCCCUCAAAAAGUUUUGCAAUGCAGCAGAAGCCGACCGCGUAUGUCAGACCCAUGGACGGUCAAGAUCAGGCUCCCAGUGAGUCUCCUGAACUGAAACCACAGCCGGGGGACUACCGGCAACAGCCCUUUGAGAAAACAGAUCUAAAAGUGCCUGCCAAAGCCAAGCUCACCAAGCUGAAAAUGCCUUCUCAGUCAGUUGAGCAGACCUACUCCAAUGAAGUCCGUUGUGUUGAAGAGAUUCUAAAGGAAAUGACCCACUCAUGGCCUCCUCCCUUGACAGCAAUACAUACGCCUAGUACAGCUGAGCCUCCUAAAUUUCCUUUUCCCACCAAGGAUUCUCAGCAUGUCGGUUCUGCAACUCAAAAUCAAAAACAACAUGAUACGUCUUCGCAAACCCACUCUAAUUCUCAGCAGGGAACAUCCAUGCUUGAAGAUGACCUUCAGCUCAGUGACAGCGAGGACAGCGACAGCGAACACGCCCCGGCGAAGCCUCCUUCCUCAUCUGCACCUCCCAGCGCUCCGCCGUCGCUCCCAGAGCCGGCCCCCGCCCCAACGGCCUCCGCACAUUCCAGCAGCGAAGAGUCCGACAGCACCAGUGACUCCGACAGCUCCUCCGACUCGGAGAGCGAGAGCAGCGACAGCGACAGCGACGAGAACGAGCCCCCGGAGGCUCCGGCUCCGGAGCCUGAACCUCCGACAACAAAUAAAUGGCAGCUGGACAACUGGCUGAGCAAAGUCAACCAGCCAGCCGUGCCCCCGGACGGCCUCGGGAGCUCGGGGGCCCCGCACAGGCACCAGGACACCAAGGGAAAGGGUAGUGGGGACAGCGCCGGCAGUGGCAUUAGUCACGAGCAUGCUGCACCCAAAGAACCUGCCCCUAAGGGCUCCAGCAGAGCUCCACGGGUCCCCUCCGAAGCCCCCCACCCUGGCAAGAGAAGCUGUCAGAAGUCUCCUGCCCAGCAGGAGCCGCUGCCGCCACCGCCACCCCCACCACCCAGGCAAACUGUUGGAACCAAACAGCCCAGGAAACCGGCCAAGGCCUCUGCCCAGGCGGACUUGCGGGCCAGCGUGCAGGUGGAAAGUGAGCCAGGACUCCUUUCCCAUGGCUCCCAAGACCAGACGUCCAAAGACAAGCCCAAAGUGAAGACGAAAGGGCGGCCCCGGGCUGUGGAGAGCAGAAAGCCAGAGCCCCCAGCGGUGCCCACCCCCAGCGAGAGGAAGAAGCACAAGAGCAACCAGCCUGCCCCCUCUAAGUCACUCUCAGGCCCUGAACCCUCGAAGGACAAUGUGGAGCACAGGAGCCCUGAGCACUUGGCUCUGGUUCCCCUGAGUCAGAGCAAGGGCCGGGCUCCCGGGGGCCGCGGCAGCAGGACUAGCGGCUGCCGCCAAGCGGUGGUCAUCCAGGAGGACCGCCUGAAGGACAAACUCCCGUUGCCUUUGAGAGACACCAAGGUGCUCUCGCCGCUCAGGGACACUCCCCCCCCACACAGCCUGAUCGUGAAGAUAACCCUGGACCUCCUCUCCCGCAUACCGCAGCCACCCAGGAAGGGGCUCCGCCAAAAGAAAGCAGAAGACAAGCCGCCCUCCGCGGGGAAGAAGCAUGAUUCUGAGAAGAGAAACUCGGACAGCACCAGCAAAGUGGCCAAAAAGAGGAAGGGCGAAGCAGAAAGAGACCACGAUAGCAAGAAAGCCAAAGUGGAGAAAGAAAGCAAGACCCCAUCUUCAUCUUCAUCCUCCCACAAAGAAUCUACUAAAACUAAGCCAUCCAGACCCUCCUCUGAGUCCUCCAAGAAGGAAAUGCUCCCCCCGCCCCCCGUGUCGUCCUCCCAGAAGCCAGCCAAGGCUGCACACAAGAGGCCAAGGCGGGAAGCAGAUGCCUGCGGCCAGGACCCUCCCAAAAGUGCCAGUAGUACCAAGAGCAGCCAUAAAGACUCUUCCACGUCCAAGCACAGAAAAGCAGAGGGGAAGGGGUCUGGAAGCUCUACCGAACACAAAGGAUCUGCGGGAGAGACUGCAAAUCCUUUUCCAGUGCCUUCAUUGCCAAAUGGUAACUCUAAGCCAGGAAAGCCUCAAGCCAAGCUUGACACACACCAAGCGGAUUUUCACAUGAAGGAGGCCAAAAAGUUGAAGUCCAAAGCAGAGUUAACGACGGACAAGGUUGCAAAAGCGUUCAAGUACUUGGAAGCCGUCUUCGCCUUCAUUGAGUGUGGGAUUGCCAUGGAAUCUGAAAGCCCAGCGUCAAAGUCGGCCUACUCCGUGUACUCCGACACGAUCGAGCUCAUUAACGUCAUACUGUCAUUAAAAUCCUUCUCGGAUGCCACCACGCCAACACAAGAGAGAAUAUUUGCUGUCUUAUGCAUGCGCUGCCAGUCCAUUUUGAACAUGGCUCUGUUCCGUUGUAAGAAGGACACAGCAGUGAAGUAUUCUCGUACUCUGAGUGACCACUUCAGGAGCACCCAGGUACCUUCUCCCUGCAUCGCAAGAAGCACAGGCACACCGUCCCCUCACUCCCCCAUGCCUUCUCCUGCCAGCUCUGGGGGUUCUCAGUCGAGUGCUGGCAAUUCGGGGAGCACCGGGAUGGCGGCUACCAUCAGCACCCCCGUCACCAUCCAGAACAUGACGUCUUCCUAUGUCACCAUCACUUCCCACGUCCUUACCGCCUUUGACCUUUGGGAACAGGCCGAGGUCCUUACUAGGAAGAAUAAAGAGUUCUUUGCUCAGCUCAGCACAAGCGCACGUGCCCUCGCCCUUAACAGCAGUCUUGUGGACCUGGUGCACUAUGCAAGACAGGGUUUUCAGCGGUUAAAACAAGUAACCAAAACACCUUAACAGAGGCCCAAGGUGAUCCAAGGCCUUGGGAACUUUUCUUUUGCACACGGAAAGCCUCAAGACCAGUCCAUGUGUCUCAUCAGGACCCCAAGCUCAGAAAGAAUGGCCACGAGACGGCUCAGAUGUUGUCCGCUUCAAGUCUCCAGACAGCGUGCCUGUGGUGGGACCCGAUGGUUACACGGACGCAGAGAUGAGGAGGCCUCAGAGAGGGUUCUGCCUUUGCUGCCCCGAGGACAGACGUGCAAUGUGGACCGAAUGGUCGUGUGAAUGGUCUAGAAGCAUUUCUUUAUUCUUUUAACCAGCAGGAUGAAAGUUGCUAAUGAAAUAUGAGGCGAGGAGAAGCAAUUUCAACUCUGAAAGCAAAUGAAUAUCAUCUCAGUCGCCAUACUAGGCCAUUCCCAGAAGUAAAUUUUAUUUAUUUUUUUUCCCCUAAACGCUGUCUGGUGUAGGAGGUUUGUUUGUUUUCAUUUGUAAGUUUUGGGAGAACCGUCUAUUGAAUGAAUUCUCAGUCAUCUA